UAGAUUUGCGUUAUCCAAGGAGUACGGUAUUAUUUCACUACUGGAGAGAAAAUGAUAUCGCCACGUUUGUUUUCCUGCAGAGCUCCAAAAGGAAUUUGCUCAGGCUUCAAAGAAGCAGCUUGAAGGCUUGAACAACGACUUUCGUCGCCCCCUUGGUUCUAGUUCUUUCUUUUUCUUUGUUAGGUCUAAACCCGCCUUAACCCCUUCUUCAUCCCUGAAAGUCAAAACCCCUAAUAUUUUUAACCCAAAAUGAGCUCUGCAUUCUUGAGGAAUCCUCCUUUUCUCGCUUCUGGAUGCAGAGGCAUUCGAUUAAACAUGUCACUGAUUCAACCCCAGCCUCCAUUAUGUGUAACCAAACUCAGUACAGAGUAUAUUUUCGAUCCCCAUAUUUUACGAGGAAAACCAAAGACUAUGCCAUUUCUCCUUCUUCGUUUUUCUCUUCCUCCUUUGCUUCUUCCUCUUCCUCUUCGUCGUCUUAUGGUUGUCUCUCCAAGGUUCGUUUUGUAGGUUGGUAUUUGGGGAUGGUGAAGUCGCGCCCCAUUCUUACAAAAAGUGUUACUUCUGGGCUUAUUUACACGGCUGCUGAUUUGUCCUCCCAGACUAUUUCACUAUCAUCUUCAGAAUCGUUUGAUUUUGUGAGGACAUUACGCAUGGCAGGAUAUGGGAUGAUCGUUUUAGGACCUUCACUGCAUUUCUGGUUCAAUUUUGUGUCAAAUCUUUUCCCAAGGAGGGAUCUUUUCUCAACAUUGAAGAAGAUGGUCAUGGGCCAAGCAAUUUAUGGACCUAUCAUGACUGUCGUUUUCUUCUCCUUGAAUGCUAUAUUGCAAGGUGAAAACAACACAGAGAUUGUUGCACGCUUAAAGCGUGAUGUACUGCCUACAAUGUUAAAUGGAGUUAUGUACUGGCCUGUUUGUGAUUUUAUAACAUUUAGAUUCAUCCCUGUCCAUUUACAGCCACUAGUCAGCAAUUCAUUUUCAUAUGUGUGGACCAUUUAUAUGACGUAUAUGGCAAACCUUGAUAAAGCAGAGGCUGCGAGUUGAGCAACAUAGUUUGAGGAGCCCUUGUUUCAUGAUUCAAACAUGGGCUAACUAUAUGGUUACAGUAUACAAGCCAAACUGGUGAAGUCGGUAUUUUGCAGGACGCUCUAAGAUUCAUGAUGUGGAUCAAAUGCUUAAUAGUUUCGACCAAGUUUUCUUUUUUCCACUUAAUUGUAAUAUUAUAGUAUCCAUUCUUCCUAGGGGACUGGACCAACUAGUGGACUCUGUAAAGCAUUUUCUGUUACUAAGUACAUUGGUUUGGCUUA